UGAGAACAAAGGAAUGAACAUCACGCUAGUAAGCUUCUGACAAGACUGACUGACCUCGGUAGUGCAGGUUUGGUAUGAGGUUAUAGCUAGCCUGAAGCAAAGUGUGCUGAUAAACACAGUGAUUUACAAAUAGCAGAAGACGGAGUUAAUCUGAAAGAUGACUAAUUGGCUUAUAAAUAAUUACUCACUGCCGUUUUCUAUUUUUAUCCUGCUGAAUGUAGCCUUUAUCUGUGCUUUCCAGUAGUGACUCAUCUUCUGAACAGAUAAAGUCUGAGGAAGUAAAUUGAGGAAACGUUAGAGAACAGUUUUUCAAAAUCUCGAUUAGGAUAAACUGAACUCAAACGUGAAGGGUUUUGCGACUGUACAAAAUGCAAGAAUAUCUAAUGAGCUAAUCGGUGAGGCGGUUUCUGAUUGGUUGUUUGUUGCUAAAUAACACGCUUAUAUAUUCUAGCAACCGUAUCGUUUACUGUAUACACACUUGGCGUCGCACUUCGAGGUUAAAAUUGUUGUUAAAUCACGACCAAAGGUUAAAAAUGAUGCAGCACUUUGAUAAAACCCAGAAUUUAAAAAGGUUAUCACAGGGUUUAGUGUUCAGUCAAAAGCUCUUCAUUAAUAGUUUAAUGUGAAGAAUGAUCUGAUACCUGCAUCACCUGAACGUUGGGUACACAGUAUACGUCAUGCGUGAGGGGCGGAGCUUAUAAGAUCUCCCAAACAGUUACACACAGGAGCCAGAGCGACACCGGAUACAAGGCAAACAUCAAGCGGGAUCGAACGAACAAAGCGCAACUUUUCGUCCCGGUUGAACCUGGACUUUAACUGAGAAUGUCUUUGGGUGACCAGCAGUGGUAUCCCACCAGUGUUCAGGUGACAGUGCUCAAAGCACGAAACCUGCGGAUCAAGGGCAAAAAUGGAACGAACGACGCAUAUGCCAUCAUGCAGGUGGGCAAGGACAAGUUUUCCACGUCCGUAGCGGAGAAAUGCGUCUCGCCCGAAUGGAAGGAAGAAGCGACGUUCGAUCUGCCGCUGGUCCAUCAGGGAAACGCGGAGCGAUGCACGCUUUACAUCAUCACUAUGCACCGAGCCCUGGUGGGACUGGACAAGUUUUUGGGGCAGGCUGUCAUCAACUUAGUGGAUCUCCACGCCAACAGAUCACGCAAAAAGACCGAUUGGUACAAGCUGGUGGAUAAGAAUGGUAAACAGGAGAAAGACAGAGGGGAAGUUCUUUUGGACAUUCAGUUCAUGAGGAAUAACCUGACAGCCAGCAUGUUUGACCUCUCCAUGGCAGACAAGCCUCGCUCCGGCAUCUCCAAGCUCAAGGAUAAAAUCCGUGGAAAGAAGAAAGACGGCCUGUCGGAUUCUGCUUCUGCGAUCGUGCCCUCCACAGUGGGAACAGACAGUGAAGGGGAAGAAGAGGGCAGUUCAGACUCGCCUAAGAAGAAAUCAAAACUGAAAUCCUUUUUUGGACCAAAAACAAACCUCCAAAGGAAUGUGUCCCAGUCCAUGUCAACCCUGGGCACCCUGCCUGAGAAGAACAGUUCACUCAGCAGCAGCAGAUCGUCCGGCCUUAAUGUGGACUCUCCUGAUGUGAAAAAGAAGUUUAAAAUUCUGGGACACAAGCGCACUGACAGCUCAGAUAGCAAAGUGUCUCUUGGCCCCUUUUCUCUUCUGAGCCGCUCUAAACAAAACAUACCGGAGCAGAAUAACCUCUGUAUCAACGGCAGCCACGUUUAUGCAGAGGAACAAGAACCUAAAGCAGCUUUUGGCUCCACACUCAGUCUGAACAGCUCAGGAAAGGGUUCAGUAGAGGAUGUUCGUAAAUACCAUCAACGAAAUACUUCCGAUAUCUCCAUCGACUCAUUGAAAGGCCUAAGCAUCCCCUCAUACAAGCCUGAAGUGCAAGACAAAACUUCUCUUGUCCCACAGAGCCAUCUAGAGGGCAGGAGCCUCAGCUCGCUGGAGCGUCGUGCAGAGGUGGUGGAGGAGGAGAGGGGAAGGAAACCCGAAGUAAGAAGCCUUCAAGAGAUGCUGAAUCGACAGGAAGAACAAGAGUUGAGGAAGCAGCAAGAACGAGAGAGAAAACAAGAGGAAGAGAGGAAAAGCAGACUUGAAGAGCAGGAGAAGAAGCGCAAGGAAGAGGAAGAGCUGCAGAAGAAGCGCCGUGAGGAGGAGACGCAGCGAGCCGAGGAGCAGCGGCACCAGGAGGAGAACAGGGUAACUGAACGCCUCUCCUCUCUCUUUGGCAUUGGAAGAAAGAAGGAGGAGAAGAGAGAGGAAGCAAUGAAUGAACCCAAACGUCUGGAUGAGCCCUCUUCCACAAACCCCUUUGAAGACAUUCCCCUCACACCGGAUACUCCAGCCUCUGUCCCAGAAGAGAGAUCCACGGACCCACGGAGGGGCGUUAGGACCACCCUCACCCCAACACCACCCGCUAGUGUUUUCCCCAGUCGCACAGCAAAAGUGUCUGCCGUCAAGCCAAGAUUGGCUCUGAGUGUACUGCCUGAAACCGAUAAUAGCUAUUCCCAAUCCCCUUCAGACUCUGUAGACACCCAGAGCACUAUCCACGCUUCUCCACUUUCCCCAAACCUCUCUACUAAAUCAUUUGAGUCUUUUGGUAUGUUUUCUGAUCUUCAUUCUUCUUUGGCACCUCCUAAACCUCAGAGAACUUUCAUUGAAUCAAGUGAGUCCAGCAUGGAAAACCUCUCAGCUCCCAAAUCUGAUAAGAAGCGAAAGGCUCCUCUACCCCCUGGUAAUCAUAGGGGCUCGUCCAAGACUGAAAGCCAUCCUGAUAAUGGGGGACAAGUGCAUACACAGAACUCCAAAAAUAGUCAAAGGCCUGCUCUUCCUCUGCCAGACUAUGAAACCCUCUUUCCCAAGAAGAGGCAUGGGGUGAUGAGUCAGACACGUUGGGACCAUAUUAUUGCAGAGGUAAACCAGAGGAACUGGGAUUUCUCUGAAGAGAUUAAUGUAGAUGGACCGGAGAGGCCGAUGUCAAAUAAAUCCGUGGUCUUAAAAGACAGAACCUCAGCAAACCUUAACCAGCACCAAAGGAAUCAUGAGGCACCUCCACCUGCCCCUGUGAGACACAAAGAAGCAGUCAUGCCCCCCAAAGCCCCUGCAACACCAGAACUAUCAUUCGAGGCUAAUUUCCAACAUGGUCAUAUCAGAGAGCCUAUAUAUGCUACGGUAAAUAAGCCUGAAAACUCCAAGAACAUGGAAAAUAAGCCACCUCCCACUGUCCAUAGUAGACAUAUACCUCAGGAGAUGGAAAGGAUGACUCAGACUCCUGAUGCCAUUACCCAUCAACUCUCCCAGUCAAAAGAGAAGCCUACACCAGCUGCCAGAGCCAUACAAAAUGUUAAUUCAAAGACUGAUGAUGCAGCUAAACAGGUGCCUUCAGUAAAACCAAGACAACAGUCAUUAGUAAAGGACCCAGUCAAACAAGUCCAACCAGACAAGCAAGUAACAGCUCAACCCAUGACAUCAGAAAACGACAAAGUUGAGAAACCACACAAGGGCCAGAAUGAAAACAUUUCUACAGAUGUGUUUGUUGAAGCAGACUACCUUAAAACUGCUGAAAUUCCAGAAGAACGGCAUUUGGGGAAACUGACUAAUGAACCCGAGGGGAAAGCAAUGACUGCUUUUGACCCAUUCCCAAGUGAUGACCUAAUAUCUAAAGAUCCCUGGGCUUUACCACAGCAGACCACAAAUGAAGUUGACCUGUUCACAAGGGGCCCAAAGAAAAUGGGAAAUCGUGAAGAUCAGGCGUCGACCACUGAUAAAAAAGAUGCAUUUGCAAACAAAGGGAAAACUGAUCCAUUCACAAAUCUUUCUGAAUACGGCACAGCACCGAAACUGGAGCGCGGAAAACAAUCUCCCAGCUUUACUGAACAAGCCAGAGCUUCAUUUCAAAGAAAUUUUUCACUUAAAAAGAAACGCCAGUACACAACUACUGGGAAAGUUGGUACAGAGAAUGGUAGUCUGGGUAGAUCAGUUUCUCAGUCUUCACAAGAUGCUGAAGAUGUUGAGCUGACUGUAACUAGUGUUGCUUCAGCAAGCAGAACUGAAGCCACCCUAGUAACAUCUGAAUCCCCUAUUGGGGGCAAGACUGCUCUUCGUGCUUGGGUCUCGCCAUCAGAGCCUCAGCCAGUUAGUAGUGGAAGCGCUGUUUCUAAUUCAAGAAGGCCUCACCCAGUGAAACCCUUGAGCACCACAGAGAGUCAGUCUUCCAGUGUUCUUGCUGUGGGGAAAGACCCAAAGAUUAUCACCAUCAAGGAAAUGGCUGAGAAGCCAAAGAUUGGAGAAAGCGCUCCGUACACCCAGCUCACGCAGGAGGAACUGAUCACACUGGUGGUAAAGCAACAGGCUGAACUAUCCAAAAAAGAUGCCAGGAUCCUCGAGUUAGAAGACUACAUUGAUAACCUGCUAGUACGCGUCAUUGAGGAAAAACCGGCCAUCCUGCUUUCACUUAAUUCCAAGUGUUAGGGUUUGAUCAUGACAUUUGAUUUGACCAUGCCCAGAUCAUAACACUCAGACACUUCAAUACUGUGGGAUUUGGCUGAUAUACACACAAGGAUUUUGGAUGUAAUAUCACAUCUCAUAAUCAGUUUAUUUGUGUUAAUGCAUGACAUUCUGAUUUCACCACCAAUAUCUUCCAAAUAACUUUUUUUUUUACUGUGUGGAAUGUGGAUGCGUGAUAUCAGGUCCAACUAGAAAAUGCCAGAAUUCUGUAGUUUGGAUGCUGGGGUUUUUGUUUUUGUUUGGUUGCUUUUUUUUCUUGAUUGGAUCAUGGUACCAGCUCACUCCAAAAUCUACCCAACAAAAAAUACAUCUUAUUUAUUGAUCAUCUCAUUGUAUUUCUGUGAACCUUUCCAUUUAGGCAAAGAGAGAGCUUCUUAAUGCAUUAUUUAUUGCAGUCUUAAGCUUGUAUUUGAAGAUUUUCCUUCUCCCUGAAGUGAUUUGUUUCGAUCUUGACUACUGCGUUCAUUACUGUUGAUGCGGCCUUAUGUCUGUUGGGGCUCAAAUCAAGGGCAGACAUUUACACUAUAAGCACUUUUUUUGUCCUGAACAGGGUGUUUUAUUUAUGAAGGAUAGUGUUUUUAUAUUAAGUAAUUAUCUGAAAUACCCUAUAGAAUUACCUCUGUAGAAAUGCCUUAAUGAAGAAAUAUUUUUCUUGGCUGUAUGUAUACUUCUGCUUAUGAAAGGCCUUUGUUCUAACACUGGACAUAUAGUUCAUUUUCGGUGCCCUGGUCAAUAUUGACUACAUACUUGCUCUUUUUGUUAAACUUCAUAAACUAAACUUUUUUCAGCUGAAUUGGCAGUCAGCUGUUAAAUGAAUCAAAAUCUGAAUGUUUUAUGCCACAUGUUUGUUUUUAUAUUAUAGUGAUGUUGACCAGGGAUUAAUAAGCAUUCUUUUUAAAAAAAAAAAAGAAGCUUGAUAUCAAUAUUUUAAGCACAUGUGCAUACGGUGACACACUGCGAUGGAUAAUAAUGAACAAGCAAUAACUGUAUUUGCAGAAUUUUGUUUCUUGAAUUUCAGGUAAUGCGGUACUUUCCUCAAACCGGGAUCUUUUGCGCUGUAUCAUGUAGCCUGUGUCUAGAGAUUCUGUUGAGAAACCAAAGAUCUGUGAUUUAAAACUGAGGUCUUACCCUACAGUACCGGUCACAAAUCUGCUCCCCACUACAUGUUCCAUUCUUAUUAUUAAUAUUAUUAAUGAUUUUAAUGACUGAGUAAACAUUUACUUGUUAUUAACUUACCCUGUCCAUUUGUGUAACUAUGAGGAGACCUUUAAUUAUGUCUUUUAUUUGUUUGUCAUUAAUUUUAAUUAGACAGAAUUAGUCCGUUUUCUGUGUUGCAGUCAUAUAAAUUCAGUCAUGAGAACAAUUAUAAUCAAGAGCUUCUACUGUGUUCUUUCAAGUGUUAAUCACUUUGAGUGAGUUCACUAAACUAUUCAAAGCAUUUUCACUGUUACCAGGUUCUGCACAUUCCAAAAACUCCUUCAUGUCUGAAUUUGAAUGAAAAGCCUUAUUAAUUAUUGCAGAUGCUAUGCAUAUAUGGACAAGAUAUAAUUUGUAGACCUGUGCCUUCUCAUUUUAUUGAACAUUCCAUGUCAUUGUUCCUUAAUUUCAAUAACUUCUGAAAUGUAAUUUUGAUUAUGCCUCAAUUCAUUGAAUAAAACUUAGCUGAACUCA